GCGGGCGGGGCAUCAUUGCCGUCCUCUGCCCGCCGCAUCCGUGACCCGCGUCGCGGCCUCCGCGUAGCUGUCUGUAGCGGAACCUGGGCGGGCGCGGGCAGCUAGGCGGGCGACGCCCGAGAGAGAGCCAUGGGGACGGUGCACGCCCGGAGUUUGGAGCCCCUUCCAUCAAGCGGACCUGACUUUGGAGCAUUGGGGGAAGAAGCUGAGUUUGUGGAAGUUGAACCUGAAGCGAAACAGGAGAUUCUGGAAAACAAAGAUGUGGUUGUUCAGCAUGUUCAUUUUGAUGGACUUGGGAGGACUAAAGAUGACAUCAUCAUUUGUGAAAUUGGAGGUGUUUUCAAGGCUAGGAACCUCAUUGAGGUGAUGCGGAAAUCUCAUGAAGCCCGAGAGAAACUGCUUCGUCUAGGGAUUUUUAGGCAAGUGGAUGUUUUGAUUGACACAUGUCAAGGUGAUGAUGCACUGCCAAAUGGCUUAGAUGUCACCUUUGAAGUGACGGAGCUGAGGAGGCUGACGGGCAGUUACAAUACCAUGGUUGGAAACAACGAAGGCAGCAUGGUACUUGGCCUCAAGCUCCCCAAUCUUCUAGGACGUGCCGAAAAAGUGACUUUUCAGUUUUCCUACGGAACCAAGGAAACUUCAUACGGCCUGUCCUUCUUCAAACCACAGCCUGGAAACUUCGAGAGAAAUUUCUCUGUAAACUUAUAUAAAGUUACGGGACAGUUCCCAUGGAGCUCACUGCGGGAGACUGACAGAGGAGUGUCUGCUGAGUACAGCUUUCCCAUAUGGAAGACCAGCCACACCGUCAAGUGGGAGGGUGUGUGGCGGGAACUGGGCUGCCUCUCGAGGACUGCAUCAUUCGCUGUGCGGAAAGAAAGUGGACACUCAUUGAAGUCGUCUCUCUCGCACGCCAUGGUCGUCGACUCUCGGAACUCAUCCAUCUUACCAAGAAGAGGGGCCUUGCUGAAAGUCAACCAGGAGCUGGCAGGCUACACUGGAGGAGAUGUGAGCUUCAUCAAGGAGGACUUUGAGCUUCAGCUGAACAAACAACUCAUGCUGGAUUCGGUUUUCUCUGCUUCUCUCUGGGGAGGCAUGCUGGUGCCCAUUGGUGACAAGCCAUCCAGCAUUGCUGACAGGUUUUACCUGGGAGGCCCCACGAGUGUCCGAGGAUUCAGUAUGCACAGCAUUGGACCCCAGAGUGAAGGAGACUACUUAGGCGGAGAGGCGUACUGGGCCGGAGGCCUGCACCUUUACACACCACUGCCCUUCCGGCCAGGUCAGGGCGGCUUUGGAGAGCUUUUCAGGACCCACUUUUUCCUCAAUGCAGGCAACCUCUGCAACCUCAACUAUGGGGAGGGCCCCAAAGCCCACAUUCGCAAGCUGGCUGAGUGCAUCCGCUGGUCAUAUGGAGCUGGGAUUGUCCUCAGGCUUGGCAAUAUUGCUCGGCUGGAACUGAACUACUGCAUCCCCAUGGGCGUGCAGGGGGGUGACAGGAUUUGUGAUGGCGUCCAGUUUGGAGCUGGGAUUCGGUUCCUGUAACUGAGUUCCCCCAGGGGCAGCUUGGACAAGCAACAGGGGUAUUUAGUCCACACAGCUGCUCAGAGGCGGCACAGUUGAGCAGUUCUGGGCUGCAGUCCUUGUGGGAAGUCAUGUCAAUAAAUUCUAAACAUUCAGUAUCGUGAA